AUGAUGUAUCCUAUUAGGGAGGAGAAUAGAAAGUAGUGGAAUGACAAUAGUAUCCUGACAGGUAGACGAAGAAGAAGAGGAAGAAGAGUGAGUGAAAACUCCAUCUCAGCUUACACCUUAAGCACACAGAACAGACAUCUGAUCUACAAAACUCUAUCCAUUAACUCACAAACAAACCUUUCUCAACACACUUCCUAAGUAGUUAUCAUUUACAAAUUACAUUCACACAACACAACAAUCAAUCAUUCCCAAUUCUCAACCAUGCCUGGUCUUGUAUCCCCAGGUGGACCUCCGCCCCGAAUCACCCUACCCGAUACUCCCACUCAAAGAUCCGAAUCAGCAAACACCACUACCAAAACUCCAUCUCCAUCACCACUCCCAAAAAAACCACCCUCUCCUUCCCCAUCUUCCCGUUCCAAAAAAAAGACCCCCGAAACUCCAACCAACACUUUUCUCUCCGAGUCCUCACUCGAUAACCCAGAUCUAGGCCCAUUCCUCCUCAAAGUAGCCCGCGACACUAUCGCUUCAGGCGAUGGGCCCGCUAAAGCCCUCGACUACGCUAUCCGAGCCUCCAAAUCAUUCGAACGCUGCGCCGUCGAAGGUGAGCCCAGUCUCGAUUUAGCCAUGAGCCUCCACGUCUUAGCCGCUAUUUACUGUAGCCUAGGUCGAUUUGAAGAAGCCGUUCCCGUUCUCGAUCGCGCGAUUCAUGUUCCCGAUAUUGAACGUGGCGCUGAUCACGCUCUCGCUGCUUUCUCCGGUUAUAUGCAGUUAGGUGACACUUUUUCAAUGCUAGGUCAAGUUGAUAAAUCAAUUUCUUGCUACGAUCAAGGUCUUCAAAUCCAGAUCCAAACCCUAGGUGAAACCGAUCCACGUGUCGGUGAAACGUGCCGGUACUUGGCGGAGGCUAAUGUUCAAGCGAUGCAGUUUGAUAAAGCGGAGGAGCUCUGUAACAAAACCCUAGAAAUUCAUCGCGCUCAUAGCGAACCUGCUUCUCUUGAAGAAGCCGCAGAUCGGAGGCUUAUGGCUUUGAUUUGCGAGGCUAAAGGAGAUUACGAGUCGGCUUUGGAGCAUCUUGUUCUUGCGAGUAUGGCGAUGAUCGCGAACGGUCAGGAUAAUGAAGUUGCUUCGAUUGAUGUAAGCAUUGGAAACAUUUACAUGUCGCUGUGUCGAUUCGACGAAGCAAUUUUUUCGUAUCAGAAAGCGCUGACAGUUUUUAAAUCUUCAAAAGGCGAAAAUCAUCCUUCGGUUGCUUCGGUGUUUGUUCGAUUAGCGGAUUUGUAUCAUAGGACAGGGAAGCUUCGUGAAUCAAAAUCUUAUUGCGAAAACGCUCUUAGAAUAUACUCGAAACCGGUGCCAGGGACCACCGCGGAGGAGAUUGCUGGUGGAUUGACGGAAGUUUCGGCGAUAUUUGAAUCUGUUGAUGAUCCGGAAGAGGCUUUGAAGCUGCUGCAGAAGGCGAUGAAAUUGUUGGAGGAUAAACCUGGACAGCAGAGUACCAUUGCGGGGAUAGAAGCGCGAAUGGGAGUGAUGUAUUACAUGGUUGGGAAGUACGAUGAAGCGAGAAGCGCUUUUGAGAGUGCUGUUUCGAAACUGAGAAGCAGUGGGGAAAGGAAAUCUGCAUUUUUUGGCGUUGUUUUGAACCAGAUGGGGUUAGCAUGUGUGCAACUGUUUAAGAUUGAUGAAGCUGCUGAGUUGUUUGAGGAAGCUAGAGGAAUUCUUGAACAAGAAUGUGGCAAUUGUCAUCAAGAUACUCUUGGAGUUUAUAGCAAUCUUGCAGCAACUUAUGAUGCAAUGGGAAGAGUUGGAGAUGCAAUUGAAAUUUUAGAGUAUGUACUGAAAUUGAGGGAAGAGAAGCUUGGAAUAGCAAAUCCUGAUUUUGAAGAUGAGAAGCGUCGUUUGGCUGAGCUGCUGAAAGAAGCUGGGAAGACAAGAGACAGAAAAGCCAAAUCUUUGGAAAAUCUUAUUGAUCCAAAUUCAAAGAGGACAAAGAAGGAGGGUACUAAGAGAUGGCCUGGUUUGGGGUUUAGAAUUUAACAACGUAUUCUUUUUUUCUUCUUCUUUUCUCAUCUAUUAUUAUAUAUAUGUUGAAUUGAAUUGAAUGCACAUUCUGUAACAUAGGAUAUCUUUGUAUAGCUUUGAAUAUGUAAUUUGGGAGCUUCCCUGUUUUCCUGAUGUUUGUUUCCUGCAUCUGUUUUUUAUUUCUUGUUCUUGGGUAAUUGUUUUAUCAAUUAUGUUGUGACCUUUUUAGUUGUACACCAAAGUUCCAUUCCCUUGAAAGCAAUUUUUUAUUCUGAGUGAAUA